AUGGCGGCGCUGAGUGGCGGCGGUGGCAGCAGCAGCAGUGGCGGCGGCGGCGGUGGCGGCGGCGGCGGCGGUGGCGGCGGCGGCGGCGGCGCUGAGCAGGGCCAGGCGCUGUUCAAUGGCGACAUGGAGCCGGAGGCCGGCGCUGGCGCCGCGGCCUCUUCAGCUGCGGACCCGGCCAUUCCUGAAGAGGUGUGGAAUAUCAAGCAAAUGAUUAAGUUGACACAGGAACAUAUAGAGGCCCUAUUGGACAAAUUUGGUGGAGAGCAUAACCCACCGUCAAUAUACUUGGAGGCCUAUGAAGAGUACACCAGCAAGCUAGAUGCCCUUCAGCAAAGAGAGCAACAGCUACUGGAAUCCCUGGUUUUUCAAACUCCCACAGAUGUAUCACGGAACAACCCCAAGUCACCACAGAAACCCAUCGUUAGAGUCUUCCUGCCCAACAAACAGAGGACAGUGGUACCUGCGAGAUGUGGCGUUACCGUCCGAGACAGCCUAAAGAAAGCACUGAUGAUGAGAGGCCUCAUCCCAGAGUGCUGCGCUGUUUACAGAAUUCAGGAUGGAGAGAAGAAACCAAUUGGCUGGGACACUGAUAUUUCCUGGCUUACUGGAGAGGAGUUACAUGUUGAAGUACUAGAGAAUGUUCCACUUACAACACACAACUUUGUACGGAAAACUUUUUUCACCUUAGCGUUUUGUGACUUUUGCCGAAAGCUGCUUUUCCAGGGUUUCCGGUGUCAAACAUGUGGUUAUAAAUUUCACCAGCGUUGUAGUACAGAGGUUCCACUGAUGUGUGUUAAUUAUGACCAACUUGAUUUGCUGUUUGUCUCCAAGUUCUUUGAGCAUCACCCAGUACCACAGGAGGAGGCCUCCUUACCAGAGACUGCCCUUCCAUCUGGAUCCUCUUCCGCACCCCCCUCAGACUCUAUUGGGCCCCAAAUCCUCACCAGUCCAUCUCCUUCAAAAUCCAUUCCAAUUCCACAGCCCUUCCGACCAGCAGAUGAAGACCAUCGAAAUCAGUUUGGGCAACGAGACCGGUCUUCCUCAGCUCCCAAUGUUCAUAUAAACACAAUUGAACCUGUCAAUAUUGACGAAAAAUUCCCAGAAGUGGAAUUACAGGAUCAAAGGGAUUUGAUUAGAGACCAGGGAUUUCGUGGUGAUGGAGCCCCCUUGAACCAGCUGAUGCGCUGUCUUCGGAAAUACCAAUCCCGGACUCCCAGCCCCCUCCUCCAUUCUGUCCCCAGUGAAAUAGUGUUUGAUUUUGAGCCUGGCCCAGUGUUCAGAGGGUCAACCACAGGCUUGUCGGCCACCCCACCUGCCUCAUUACCCGGCUCACUCACUAACGUGAAAGCCUUACAGAAAUCUCCAGGGCCUCAGCGGGAAAGGAAAUCAUCCUCAUCCUCAUCUUCGGAGGACAGAAGUCGGAUGAAAACACUUGGUAGAAGAGACUCAAGUGAUGAUUGGGAGAUUCCUGAUGGACAGAUUACAGUGGGACAGAGAAUUGGAUCUGGGUCAUUUGGAACUGUCUACAAGGGAAAGUGGCAUGGCGAUGUGGCAGUGAAAAUGUUGAAUGUGACAGCACCCACACCUCAACAGUUACAGGCCUUCAAAAAUGAAGUAGGAGUGCUCAGGAAAACUCGACAUGUGAACAUCCUCCUUUUCAUGGGCUAUUCUACAAAGCCACAGCUGGCUAUUGUUACACAGUGGUGUGAGGGCUCCAGCUUAUAUCACCAUCUCCACAUCAUUGAAACCAAAUUUGAGAUGAUCAAACUUAUAGAUAUUGCACGGCAGACUGCACAGGGCAUGGAUUACUUACACGCCAAGUCAAUCAUCCACAGAGACCUCAAGAGUAAUAAUAUAUUUCUUCAUGAAGACCUCACGGUAAAAAUAGGUGACUUUGGUCUAGCCACAGUGAAAUCUCGGUGGAGUGGGUCCCAUCAGUUUGAACAGUUGUCUGGAUCUAUUUUGUGGAUGGCACCAGAAGUGAUCAGAAUGCAAGAUAAAAACCCAUAUAGCUUUCAAUCCGAUGUGUAUGCAUUUGGGAUUGUUCUGUAUGAACUGAUGACUGGGCAGCUACCGUAUUCAAACAUCAACAACAGGGACCAGAUAAUUUUUAUGGUGGGACGAGGAUACCUAUCUCCAGAUCUCAGUAAGGUACGGAGUAACUGUCCAAAAGCCAUGAAGAGAUUAAUGGCAGAGUGCCUCAAAAAGAAAAGAGACGAGAGACCACUCUUUCCCCAAAUUCUCGCCUCCAUUGAGCUGCUGGCCCGCUCGCUGCCAAAAAUUCACCGCAGUGCAUCAGAACCCUCCUUGAAUCGGGCUGGUUUCCAAACCGAAGAUUUUAGUCUGUAUGCUUGUGCUUCUCCGAAAACACCCAUCCAAGCAGGGGGAUAUGGAGAAUUUGCAGCCUUCAAGUAGCCACUACAUCAUGGCAGCAUCUACUCUUUAUUUCUUAAGUCUUGUGUUCAUACAAUUUGUUAACAUCAAAACACAGUUCUGUUCCUCAAAUUUCUUUUAAAGAUACAAAAUUUUCAGUGUAUAAGCUCAUAUGGAACAGAAUGAAAUUUCCUAUUCAACAAAAGAGGGAAGAAUGUUUUAGGAACCAGAAUUCUCUGCUGCCCGUGUUUCUUCUUCAACACAAAUAUCACGUGCAUUCAAGUCUGCCCAUCCCCAAGAAGAAAGAGGAGAGACCCUGAAUUCUGCCCUUUUGGUGGUCAGGCAUGAUGGAAAGAAUUUGCUGCUGCAGCUUGGGAAAAUUGCUAUGGAAAAUCUGCCAGUCAACUUUGCCCUUCUAACCACCAGAUCAGUUUGUGCCUGGUCAUCUGAUGGGGCGAUUUCAAUCACCAAGCAUCGUUCUUGCCUGUUCUGGGAGAUGUUGUGGAGCACUUUCCCUAUCCACCACGUUCAUUUCUGAGGGAUGGAGUAAAUGCAGCAUGCCCUUUGUGCGGCGCCUGUUCAGUCCUCAGCAAAUGUGGGGACCACAGUGAAGCUCUUUAAAUUUAAGUGUUGGGGAGAGUUGAGAGACUGCCUUGGGGGCAGAGAAAAGGGGAUGCUGCAUCUUCUUCCUCACCUCCAGCUCUCUCACCUCGGGUUGCCUUGCUCACUGGGCUCCACCUAACACUCAGGCUGGUCAGUGCUGGCACACAUUGCCUGCUUUUCUCAUUGGGUCCAGCAAUUGAGGAGAGGGUUGGGGGACUGUUUCCUCCACAGUGUAGCAAAUUCUCAGGAAAAUAUAGUCCAUAUCUUCCUCUCAGCUCUUCCAGUCACCAAAUACUUACAUGGCUCCUUUGUCCAGGACAUAAAACACCACGGACAACACCUAAUUAAAAGCCUACAAAACUGCUUUACUGACAGUUUUGAAUGUGAGACAUCUAUGUAAUUUAAAUGUAAGGUACAGGUUUUAAUUUCUGAGUUCUAUUUUUAUUUAAAAGAAGAAAAUAAUUUUCAGGUUUAAUUGGAAUAAAUGAAUACUUCCCACAAGACUAUAUACCCUGAAAAUUAUAUUUUUGUUAAUUGUAAACAACUUUUAAAGAAUAGUAAUUAUCCUUUUCUCUACCUAAAAUUAUGGGGAAUCUUAGCAUAAUGACAAUUAUUUAUACUUUUUAAAUAAAUGGUCCUUGCUGGAUCCACACUAACAUCUUUGCUAACAAUCCCAUUGUGUCUUCUAACUUAACUCCUACACUACGUCCUACAUCCUCUGUCAAGUCUUUUAUCUAUAAUACGCAACCUAAAAUAAAGGUGGUGGUGUCCAUUCAUUCUUCCUCUUCCUUUUUCCCCAAGCCUGGUCUUCAAAAGGUUGGGUAAUUUAGUAACUGAGUUCCCUGGGUAGAAUGAGAACUAUUAGGGACAUUUGGAGGUAUGGGAAAGCGUGAGGCCUGUCCCCAGUUGUUCUUACAGAACCUUAAAUCUUAUCUUUGCACAGAUCAAAAGUGUAACCUCGUCACAGCUUCCCUUAGCCUUUACUUAAAGCUAAUAUAAAAAUCUUCAUAGUAGUAAAGAAAAUAACUGGAUGUAUUGAUGGCCAGUACCUCUCUUAUCCAGGAAUCUUGAAUCUCCAGGAUUUAAACAUGAGAUGUACUUAGCUACUUCAAGCCAAGAAGUUUAAAAAAAAAAAAUACUAUCUAAAAUAAAAUGAAAUUUUGAAUUAUUUUUAAAAUUCAGAUUAUAAUUCAUACCACUAUGUAUUUACUCACAGCAAUUAGAUGACUUUUGCUAAACUCAUUGCCUGACGGUGGUGGUGUGUGUGCGUUUAAUCCAAGCAACUCAGGAGGUAGAGUGAGUGGAGCUCAGUGAAUACAAGGCCCGCCUGGUCUGCAGAACUAGUUCCAGGAUAGCCAGGACCACACACACACACACACACACACACACACACACACACACACAAUCUCGAAAAAACAUAAUUGAUUAAUAAAUUAGUUGAUAAUAAAUUAAAAAGUAAAAACUAAAAUGUCAUCAAAGGAAGGCCUACUGAAAGUUUUAUAUAUUCCCAGUAAAUUGGAAAAAUUCUGAAGUUAUUAACCAGUUAGCAACAGUAUAUUUUUAAGUCUUACAUAAAUAGAGCAAAGUCUUAAAAUUUUUCAAAGCUGAGAAGAUAUUGUACUUGAUAUGAAAAGUAGCCUCUCCAUAUGAUGUGCCACACUGAAAGGUGUUGUUAGCCUUUUAAAUGCUUUUUAAUGUGGUUUUGUUCUCUUUACCCAGGAUUAGCUAUAAAGAGCUAGGCUUUGGCCACAGAUGCAUAUUUAGGUCCUGCUGAGAAGUGAGAGCCUUCAAGGCUUGCUUUGAUGGAGGGCCACCUCAGUGCUGGAAGAUGGGGCCAGCACUCCAGGAGGGAGCUUAGCGUUGAGUAGUCUAGACAAAAUGCAAACGGACAGACUUCCUUCUUCCUCUCAUUUUAGAAUAGGUUGGUGUCUCACUUGAAAAGGGAAAGUAGAGUUGAUAUUAAAUGAAGUUGUGCCCAGAAAUCAGGCUCAGGGUGUUGAGGGAUUUUUUUUUUUAAUAGAGAAUAUAAAAGAUAGAAAUAAAUAUUUAAACCUUCCUUCUUAUUUUCUAUCAACUAGGUUUUUUUCUUAUUCACAAACAACAUAAAAAAAAGGUUUUUUGUGGGUUUUUUCUUUUCUUUUUUCAUUUUUUUUAGACUGCAGAUAAUCUUGUUGAGCUCCUCAAAAAAUACAAGGAAGUCCUUGUUUGUGCAGAGCACUUUCUGAGUAACUGUAUAGACAGAAUGUGGCAGCUUCACUCAUCCCAGAAGGCUGAAGCUGUCCAGCCAUGACAUGACUGCAGCACCUCAUGAGAUCUGUUUUGUUUUGUUUGGAGUGAAGUCUUUGAAAGGUUUGAGUGCAACUAUAUAGAACUGUUUUUAAAUGAGUAGUAUUCCUGAUGGAGUUUUUCACUAUUAAGCUACAGGACCCAAACUCUACCACUGAGAUAUUAUUAACCUCAAAAUGUAGUUUAUAGAAGGAAUUUGCAAAUAGAAUAUCCAACGUGAUCAUUCGUACUUAUAUGCAUCUUCAACGAAGAUUCUCUGUAACUUGUCAGAUUCUGGUUCCUGAACAGCCCAUUUCUAUAUCUGAGGUCGGGGAGCACAUGAGGCAGCCUAAAAGACAAUCUGAUAUAAACUGUAUGCUAGAUUUAUGCUGGCAUGGGAGAAAGCAUUCUGUAAAGACAUGAUUAAGACUUCAGCACUGUCAACUAGGAACCUUGUAAAUACUUCCUGUCUUGGUGCAGCCCUGCCCCUUUUAUCACAUGAUGUUGUCUUGUGCUUGUCAGGCACUGUCAGAGCUGCUGUUUGUCCCUCUGCAGAUCUCACCUGUCCCCACCGCACACUCACCUCCAGCCUCUUGGAAGCCUCAGCAUCUAGCUUUAGUUGGAAACACAGUUCAGGGUUCAGGUGACCUCUU